CAUCUGCAGAGCUCGAGACGCUUCUGGAGCAGGCUGGAUGACGCCAUGAGCUCGCUUCGUGUGUGAUGGAGGUAAUGUUUUGGUAGGAACCGCUACCGUAGGCAGAUGUCGCUUCAAGUGAGGAGCCUGAACACGACCAUGAAGCUGCUGUUUGUGGUGACGCUCCUAAUGCGCGAGGCGUUGUGCGGAUCUCCGAGCGUCCAGAUCGGUGGUUUAUUCCCCAGGGGUGCAGAUCAGGAGUACAGUGCAUUCAGAGUCGGCAUGGUUCAGUAUGGGAUGGCAGAUUUUAGACUGACUCCACACAUAGAUAACCUGGAGGUGGCCAACAGUUUUGCUGUCACCAACUGCUUCUGUUCCCAGUUCUCUCGAGGUGUCUACGCCAUUUUUGGCUUCUACGACAAGAAGUCUGUAAACACCAUCACAUCCUUCUGUGAGACGCUACACGUCUCCUUCAUCACACCUUCUUUCCCAGCAGAAGGAAUGAAUCAGUUUGUUCUCCAGAUGAGGCCGGACAUCAAGGGGCCACUAGUUUCGUUAGUGGAGUACUACAAAUGGGAAAAGUUUGCCUAUCUAUACGACAGUGAUAGAGGUCUUUCUACUCUCCAGGUAAUACUAGACACUGCAGCAGAGAAAAAAUGGGUUGUCACAGCGAUAAAUGUUGGAAACCUCAAAGAUGAGAGGAAGGAUGAAGCCUACCGCUCCCUGUUUCAGGACCUGGAGAUCCGUAAGGAGCGGCGCAUAAUCCUUGACUGUGAACAAGACAAAGUCAAAGACAUCAUGGAGCAGGUGAUAACAAUAGGCAGGCACGUGAAGGGAUACCACUAUAUUAUCGCCAAUUUGGGUUUUGUAGAUGGAGACCUCUCAAAAAUCCAGUAUGGAGGAGCGAAUGUGUCUGGGUUUCAGAUAGUAGAUUUUGAUGAUCCUGUGGUGGUAAAGUUUGACCAACGAUGGGAGGCCCUUGAAGAGAAGGAGUAUCCUGGAGCAGACACACGGAUCAGAUACACCUCUGCCCUCACCUAUGAUGCUGUCCAUGUGAUGACUGAUGCGUUCCGCUUCCUUCACAAGCAGAGAAUAGAUAUGAGUCGUCGCGGCAACAGUGGGGACUGUCUUGCCAAUCCAGCCGUUCCCUGGGCACAGGGGGUGGAGAUUGAACGUGCACUAAAACAGGUGCGUGUAGAUGGCUUAACUGGGAACAUUCAGUUUGACCAGUAUGGAAAAAGAAUCAACUACUCAGUGACAGUCAUGGAGCUGAAGAACAAUGGACCUGUUAAGAUUGGAUAUUGGAAUGAGGUGGAUAAGAUGGUGGUGACAAAGUCGGACCUCUACCCCAACGACACCAUGGGAAUGGAGAACAAAACAGUCAUCGUCACAACUAUACUGGAAGCCCCGUAUGUGAUGCUGAAGAAGAAUGCUGAGUUGUUUCAAGACAAUGAUCGUUAUGAAGGAUACUGUGUUGACCUGGCUGCAGAGAUUGCAAAACACUGUGGUAUACGCUACCAGCUAAGGAUUGUGGGAGAUGGCAAAUACGGAGCAAGAGAUGCAGAAACCAAGAUCUGGAAUGGUAUGGUUGGAGAGCUGGUUUAUGGGAAAGCAGACAUAGCAGUUGCUCCUCUGACAAUCACCCUUGUUCGUGAGGAAGUGAUAGAUUUCUCCAAACCUUUCAUGUCUUUGGGAAUCUCCAUUAUGAUCAAGAAGCCACAGAAAUCCAAACCUGGAGUAUUCUCUUUUCUGGACCCACUGGCUUAUGAGAUCUGGAUGUGCAUUGUCUUCGCCUAUAUCGGAGUUAGUGUUGUGCUCUUUCUGGUAUCCAGAUUCAGCCCCUAUGAGUGGACUCUAGAGGAGCCAGAGGACGGAGCGUUGCCACUGACAACCGAAUCCACCAAUGAGUUUGGGAUAUUUAACUCCCUGUGGUUCUCUUUGGGCGCUUUCAUGCGGCAGGGUUGUGACAUCUCGCCAAGAUCUCUGUCAGGUCGUAUAGUGGGAGGUGUGUGGUGGUUUUUCACUCUGAUCAUCAUCUCGUCAUACACGGCCAACCUUGCUGCUUUCCUGACAGUGGAGAGGAUGGUUUCUCCCAUUGAGAGCGCUGAAGACCUUGCUAAACAGACAGAGAUAGCAUAUGGAACACUGGACUCUGGAUCCACCAAGGAGUUCUUCAGGCGUUCUAAAAUCGCCUUGUUUGACAAGAUGUGGCAGUACAUGAAAUCAGCUGAACCUUCCGUCUUUGUCAAGAAAACAUCGGAGGGUGUCCUGCGUGUCAGGAAGUCCAAAGGGAAGUACGCCUACCUGCUGGAGUCCACCAUGAAUGAGUACAUCGAGCAGAGGAAACCUUGCGAUACUAUGAAAGUGGGAGGAAACCUGGACUCUAAAGGCUAUGGCAUCGCCACGCCCAAAGGAUCCCCAUUAAGAAAUGCUGUGAACCUGGCGGUGUUAAAGUUGAACGAGCAGGGGCUACUGGACAAACUGAAAAACAAGUGGUGGUAUGACAAGGGAGAAUGCGGCAGCGGAGGAGGGGAGAGCAAGGAGAAGACCAGCGCCCUGUCUCUCAGUAACGUAGCAGGAGUUUUCUACAUCCUGGUUGGAGGCCUGGGUCUGGCCAUGAUGGUGGCGCUGGUAGAGUUCUGCUACAAGAGCCGUGCUGAGGCUAAAAAAAUGAAGAUGAAAUUCACAGAUGCAAUGCGCUCCAAAGCUCGUCUAUCCAUCACAGGAUCGACCAGCGAGAAUGGUCGUGUCCCGGUGGCUUACCUCCGUCCAGGAUUACCCAUGAGCCUCAGCAUGACUGAUCUAUCCUGACCACACCUGAGCCAGUGCCUUACAGCCAAUUGACACACAUCUUCUCUUCCCCUCUGAAAGUGAGUGGAAAUGUUUGUCAUGUCCUCCAGUGACCAAUUACCACUCAACAUGGCUGAUCUGCCCUGAUUUUCAAUCCGGAGUUUAGUCAAUCAUAUCUCUCUGAGGACUUCUGAUAUCGCUCUUCGAUCUAGCUCGGAAAGACUGGACAGACGUUGUUCCCCCACCAACCACUGUCAGGCUAUACCAAAGACCAGCCCACCUACCAAGUGAACCACUUGACCAUCAGUGAGAAAGAUGGCUGGUCAAUUACAAAUUCAUGAAAAACAAUCAAGCACAGUAGACAGUUUUCUAAACAAACACACAUCAUUGUUUGGUAGAUUUUUGCCUUGAAGGCUUUAGAAAAUAAGGACAACAGUGAUGUUGUCAUAAAUGCAAUAACAACAUUAAUCAGGGAUGUGAUCAGGAAUUGUGGGUAUUUAAGCAUAAUCUUGGUUUGAAUGAGUUCAAGUGCAAUGAAGAAAAACUGAUGUCCUGAAAAUUGCAUCCAUGAAAUAAUAGUAAUUGUGAUAGCAGAUAAUGAUAAUGAUGUUAUUGUUCUUAAUUGUUUUCCUUAUUUCUGCCUGAAAAUCCUUAAUUAGUAGAUAUUUUUUACCAGACCCAAGAGAUGCAUGUACUGACACACACACACACACACACCAGUAUGACCACAUACACUAUACACAGGGAUGGGUAGGAAGGAUUAAAAAUAUAUGUUAAUACGAAAUAAUCGCAAAUAAUUGUCAAGUCCCUUUGUGUAGGAUUUGACACUUUGACACUCAGUGGCUUACUAUCGUAAAUUAAUUAGAUGGAUUAAAUGAUCAAAAAAGACAAUAAACAUAAACUUCUCAAGUAUUCUGACACAAAUCUAAUAGUUUCUGAUAAAUUAGCUUUUGGUUAUGGGUGUUGCUACUGUGCUUUUGAGUUUAACAGAAUCCUAUUAAUAUGUUUUGUAGUGGCUAAAGUUUAGUACUAGUUUACAUGUUGCCUUGUUUAUGGGUAAUAGCUUUGCAUUCAAAAUAACUGGUUUGUCUGUGUCAAGCACACAGCUCUACCACCAUAUGAUAGCCAGACUGCAUAUUGGGAAAGGGCUUUCUAUCCAUUCUAGGUCAUGUAAAGAUAGUUAACCUAUGUUUACCAAAACAGAAUUAACACCAUUACAUUUAGUGCUUUUGUAUCAGCCACAGACAAAAAAACACUGGACCUGGAUUUAGUCCUCAUCUGUGAAUAUUGACAGGGAUGUGGUGAUGUUUAAAUUGGGUGGAAUAUAAGAGAAACACACUCAUAAACACAGAGCCUGCAAUGAAAACCUGCCAUAUGUCAAUAUACAGUCAAUUAAUUGUGGCAGCAUUGUCAGGUUAGGGGUUAUUUUAUUGUUUAAUGUUUAUUUAUAGAAACAAGUAUGUAGAAUAAACCAAUACUACAUCCCACAGCAUUAGCCUAUGCUAAUUUAAGUCCCUGUCCCUAGAUUUGCCUUUAAAAUUCAUAAAAUUAUACAACAAAUACACAAGAAACAGUACAAAAAUCAGAACCCAACAAGAAAAUGCAGACAAAACAAUACAAGACACAAUCCAGGACAAUAAAGCACCAUAAAACAAGAAGCACCGCAUUAUUCUUGACAAAAUGACUGAUCCCUCCUCAAAAGGUUAGUUAGUGUGAGUUUGAGUUUGAAGUAAUCAGUCAGCAUCUAGUUUGAGUUCUGUUGAAUGAGGUAAGUAAUUCUGAAUGUUGAUCCCAGAAGAUAAAAGGCUGUUAGUCCACAUAAGGAUCUAGGUAAGGGUGGGUUGAUAACGAGCCCGGAGCUCUCAGUGGACCCAUAAGGUCCCUGAGCACCUGGGGAGUCUGGUUAUAUAGGCAUCAUAGAUUAGUUUAAGAUUAGCAAAUUUAUUAAAAUGAUCAAAUCCUAACAUAUUUAAUUUCUCAUAACAUGGCAAUGAUGUGGUUUUAUCAACUUCACGAGGGCUUCCCAAAUUAUAUUUGCUUGAUUAUCAAUCAACAUAUUGGUGUAACCAAUCAUGGUUACACAAUGACCUAAAUGUGCAAA